AAAAGAAAAAGUUUGAGAAAAAAUUGCACAAUUUUUACAAAAAGUUCCAUGAAAUUCGCCAAUUUCAUGCUGAUUUUCACCUAGUGACGUAGAUUUUUUAAACAUUCACGACGUGACGCAAAAGUUGACACAAAAAAGUCGCGUGAAAGUUGAAAUUUUUUUAAAAAUUCCACAAUUGUUGUUGUUUUUGGAAUUUUUUUGGGAGAUUUUUGUGAUUUUCUGUCGAAAAAGUGAAGCAUAAACGACUGCAAUCAUAAUUCUGGAGCCGAGUGGGAGCACCAGCCCAUUGGAGCUACAAAUAGCUCCAGAGGAGCAUGGUGACAUCAUAAUCGAACUACCCAACGAUGAAGUCCAACAAUAUCCAUUGGAAAUGCCGAGUCCAACUGUCGAUCCAUUAGAAGUUCAACCAGUACGAAAACGGCAACGACACAAUCUCCUCGAUGUCUCCAAUAAGCCCAUCAUGCCAUCACGGACGAGCGGGCGAAUUCGUGUUAAAAUGGAAGCAGCUGCAGCUGCUGAGCAGCACAAACAGCAAGUUCAACAACAGCAGCAGCUAGAACAAGCUACGACUGAACAGUCAAAGACAACCGUAGGUCCACCAACGAAACCACAAGUUGUAAUAAAGCACAGAAGGCGGAGAAGGCAAAAGAUGAAUGGCGAGUCACUCGGCGAGAUACAAAUUGAUGUAAAAAGACCAAAUUCAGUUCUUGUGGAUACAUCAAUUCGUGCCCUUCUUACCAACUUUGCAUUUUCACAACUCUCACCAGAAAAUCAAAAAAUAUUAGUUGAAUCACUGCCAUUAGUCGAUCGACCGGUGUCAGCAAAUGACAAUGAAUCGAUCGAGUUGAAUCCGUCGAGUAUUAAUAAUGAAUUUUUUAAUCGUGCAUGUAUCGAGUGGCGUGAUCGACUUGCGUAUGGUGAAUUUACAAAUGAACAUCAGACGAAGCUUAAAGCGGAGCAGGAACGAGAUAAAUCAAAAAUUGAUCCUUGGAAGGCGAGGAAUUUUGAGAAUAUUUGGGGUAUUAAGACUAUAAAUAAGGAGAAUUUGGGUAAGAUGCUUGAAAAAAGUGCGAUGGAAGUAAAAGGACGAAUGGAACAGGAUGAUUUUGAGAUUCCGGAAGGAUAUAUUAAUGAAAUGUGGAAAACUGAGGAGGAGAUGAAGCAAGAUCAGCAAAUGCAGGAUGAAAAUGAGCAGCUUGAUGAUUCUGAGCAGCCAGAAGAUAUGAAAGAUGAUGAAGAUGAGGAUGAUGAAGAUGACGACGAGGAUGACGAAGAGGAUGAUAAUGAGAUGAUGGAUCAAGAUGUAGAAGAGGAAGUAGAAAAUACUAACCUUAACACAGUGAUGAUGCCAUCACCAUCACAAAAUCCUUCAGUAUCAACAUCCGUACCAACACCACCGCAGACCGUAACAUCAACCCAACCUGAUAUGAAUGACACGCCACCUAGAGAUUCACCUUCUCCACCACCAAUGCAGAUUUCGACACCUAUCAAGUCACUAGAGCCACCUCUUCACCAGCCAGUUAUUGCCGAGGCAACGAGUAGUGCCGAUGACAUACCAACAAUCUUAGAGAUGGACUCACCUGAACCAUCAACAUCAAACUUUAUUGCUGAUGAUGACGAUGAUAUUGCGAGUCAUGUGGAGCUGUCAAGUGAUGGAAUGCCAACUCAAUGGUAUCAUCAGCAGGAACACGAUUACCUUAAAAAUAUUCCAGAAAUGGAACCUGAAUCAAGUGGAAUGGAUAUGGAAGGUGUUGGUGACAUAAUUGAUGAUACAGCUGGUAUUGAGCUGAUCGAGAAUGAUAAUGCAAUUGAAAGUGUCAUGAAUGAUAAUUUCUCAUCGUCGCCAUCGCCUGAACCUGAGCCAGAGCACAUGCAUGAUCAACCUCAACAACAGCAGCACAUAAUCACAACACCAACAGUCACAAGAAUCACAAACUACGACUCCGAAUUACCACAAGAAAUUUUCCAUAAAAAUGAGUCACAGCAAGUCAACGCAUCCUCAGCAUUUUCACCGAAUAGCGGUGUUUUAAUUAAUAAUUAUAUGAAGCAAGCACAAGAGGAGCAGGCACCAGUUGUGGUUGUAAAUGAUCCAUCAUCACAAUAUAAUCAGGUUGUUAUGCAGGAUGAUCAUAAUGAGGCACAAUAUACAGACACUUAUAUGAUGGAUGAGGCUGAAAUCGAUAGUGGAAAUGCUUUUCAUGAAGAGAUUCGUAUGACAAUGCCCAAAAAUGUUAAACUUGUGGCUUUUCCGUCUGGUGUAAAUUACAUAAAAAACGACAACUACAUUAUUGAAGAGACCCCAACCCAACACAUACCCCAGCAAACAACAUCUACUCCAACAUACCGAACGAAUGGUGCAAAUAUUCAACCACUUCAAAAUUCAUAUUUCGUUGGGGGUGGAAACACAUUCACAUACAUCUCAGACAUAGGCAAUAAAAUUGAAACAUCUGAGCCAACGACGAGAAUUGUAAAGCAGGAUUCGAAUAGUGGUCAGGGUCAGCAGAUGAAGCAAAGGAUAAUUUAUGAAAUAUCCACUGAGCCGAAGGUCUCGUACGAGCAGCCAACACAUCAUGUAACUUACGCAACACCACCUCAACCAGAAAUUUUCCAUAAAAUGGUCAAUCACAAUGGCACAACUACAAUUUACACCGAAUCAGCUGGUCCACCACAAAAGAAGACCAUAAUCCAGCGGAAAAAGCCAAAUGAUCCAUACACCGUCCAAGUAGCACUUCAAAGUGUCACAAAUAAUAAUACAAUCAUUCUCAGACCAAUUGGAAAUUCAACGACACAACAAAUCCAGCCACAACAACAAAAAUCAAUUGUGCAUAUCCAUCGUGCGCCUCAAAUUAUGCAAACAACAUCGCAGCCUGUUCAAUUUUUUACAACAGCACCGCCACAAACUUAUUUGAAGAAGCAGACAGUUAUAAUUCCACAAAUGGCACCAACAUCUGCAAUUAAGACACAACCAAAAUACACGACAGUAAUUCGAGCGCCGGUAGCACCACAAGUCAUUAAUGCACAACAACCGCAGCAACAAAUCACGACACAGCAGCUUGCGCCGGGGACAAAUUCAAAAAUACAGCGACCCAUUCAGAAGCAGAAGGUUAUAAUGAGUACGAGCAGUUUGCAGCAAUAUCGAAGCUUUAAUAAUAAACCAAAUGCACAUGGGUCGAGGAAGCAACUUCAUCCGCAACAUAUUAUUAGACAUGCACCGUCAACGACUGUUAUUCCAACGACAACUGUAAUUCAUCAUUCGAUGGCAACUGAGGCUAAAGGAAAUCAAAUUCCAGUGAUAUUGCCAAGUAAUGGGCCUGAAACGUUCACCCACCAAAUCCCAGUGAGUCAAGUAGUGUCAGCAUCACCGACAGUCGUCACAAUCAAUAGUGCACCCACCAAAAAUAUUUUUGUUCGUCAAAAUCGACCUCCACAGCAGAUUUUUCAGCCACAACACAAUCAACAGAUUUUUACAACAACCCAACCAACACAGGCGACAGUCCUACAGCAGCAACCACCACAACAACUUCACUCACCACAAUUACUGUCACAACAGCUGCAGGCCCAACAGCUGCAAACACAACAGAUGCAACCGCAACAGAUGCAGCCUCAACAGAUGCAACCACAACAACUCCAACCGCAAAAUCUGAACCAACUUCAAAAUCAAUUUUCACAAAAUCAGCAAAUUUCGUUGCAUCCCCGAAUGAGAACUUUGAAUCACCAACGACCUCCACCAGGCUCGGUGAAUUUGGAGCGAAGCUAUCAAAUUUGUCAAGCUGUAAUUCAGAAUAGUCCGAAUAGACAUCAGUUGAAUUGUCAUUUAAAGCCACCACCGACUAGUUUGCUGGGUGGAAAUGCGAUGCAGCAGAAGAAAUUUUGAGAUUCGAAUAGAAAAGUUGUGAAAAUUUUCGUUGUUAAGUGAGAAUUUAAAAAAUGUUGUUAAAAAUGAGAUUCUUUUAGUUAAAUUUUUUUGGGGGGUAAAAUGUGAAUGUGGGGAAGGGGGAGUUAAAUGUGAGAUUUAAAUCAAAAGUGAGAGAGGGAUUGUGAGUUUUUGGAGAUGGAAUUAAUGGAGAAUUUGGAUUUGUUUUCAAUUUUUUAAAAGUCAAAUUAUGAAUUUUUUGAAAUCUUUUU